AGUUUGCUGUUAUUCUGCGUCACAGAGAAGAGACACAAACCAAAGUGUUUUAACUUUGAACUUCCAGAUUUUCCACGGAAGCAGAAAAACAACAGCAGCACUGGGAACACUGGGAACACUGGGAAUGCUUCUGGUAAUGUACUCUAUCUGCUGCUGUUAGUAUCAGGAGAGAUAGGAGCAGCUGCAAAAGUGAAAGUAACUCUGCACUGACGCCAUGUCUUCUAGAUCAGAGGCAAAUCUCUCCUGUCCCAUCUGCCAGAACAUUUCUAAAGAUCCGUUCGUCCUGUCGUGUAACCACAGCUUCUGUAAAGACUGUUUACGCAGCUACUGGGCAGAGAAACACCAUCGAGUUUGUCCAGUCUGUAAAAGAAAGUCUUCGAAAGAACUUCCUGGUGUUCACUUUGUGUCCGAGAAGAGCCAGCAGAGCAAAGACCCAGUCUGUAAUCUGCACUCGGAGAAAUUUAGCUUCUUCUGUGAGGACGACCAGCAGCUUUUAUGCAGCGUCUGCAGAGAUUCAGGAACACACCAGGACCACACAGUCAAAGCGACUGCCGAGGCCGCUCAGGAGCACAAGAAAACACUCAAAGCUUCCCUGAAACCGCUGCAAACCAAACUGAGGCUGGUCCAUCAGGUGAAGGGAAGCUGCGACCAAACAGCCGAGCACAUCAAAGCUCAGGCUGAAGGCACCGUGAGGACGAUCAAGGAGGAGUUCAGGAGGCUUCACCGGUUCCUGGAGGAGGAAGAGGAGCUCAGGUUGGCUUCACUGAGGGAGGAGGAAGAGCAGAAGAGUCGGAGGAUGAAGCAGCAGAUUGAGGCUUUGAGUAAAGAGAUAUCGGCUCUUUCAGAAACCGUCAGAGCCGCGGAGAAGCAGCUGAGAGCUCCAGAUGUUUCCUUCCUGGAGAGCUUCAAGGCUGCAGCCGAGAGAGUCCAGCAGCAACAUCUGCCCGAUGAUCCUCAGCUGCCGUCUGGAGCUCUGAUCGAUGUGGCCAAACAUCUGGGCAACCUGAGCUUCAACGUGUGGACCCAGAUGAAGGACAUGGUCUCCUACAGUCCGGUGAUUCUGGAUCCAAACACCGCUCACCCAGACCUCGUCUUGACUGAAGAUCUCACUGGUGUGAGGCAGGCGGAGAAGAAGCAGGAGCUCCCUGACAACCCGGAGAGGAUCGACCACUUCUUCUCCGUCGUCGGCUCUGAGGCCUUCGACUCGGGGUCUCACAGCUGGGAGGUGGAGGUCAGAGAUAACUCAGCCUACGUUCUGGGUGUUUUGACGGACUCCAAUCAGAGGAAGGGGAUCAUCUGGCCCGGACUGUGGAGACUGAUGUUCUGCGGAGGCGAAUAUAAAACGCUCUCACCACUUGACACCGGAUCUGACGUGAAGGUGACGAAGAACCCGGAGAAGAUCCGAGUUCAGCUGGACUGGGACGAAGGACGGCUUUCGUUUUUCGACUCGGACACCAACGAACACAUUCACACCUUCACGAACACUUUCACCGACAAGCUGUUUCCGUACAUCAGCACCUGGAGUCACGUCCCGAUAAAGAUCGCAGCGCUGAAGGUUUCUGUAACAACAGAACCAUGUCGUUAGAGACUUCAGAAAGAAAGUCAGAAAACCUUUAUCAUCUGUGCUUGGAAGAAGUUUUCCGCUUUAUUUUGUUUCAAUACUGAAUCAUGGUCACUUUAAUUUGGCUUUUUUGAAGAGAAUGAGUUCUGCAAAGUCUCACACUUAUCAGGGGAAGUCAUAGCUGUCUUGGUGGCCUCCAUGAUUAAUCACUUUUUUGCACAGUUGCUAAGUUUUUAAGCCUGAUACAAGUAUUUAUUUGUGCCUUAAAAUAUAAAACCAAACCUUUAAGCUAAAAGUCACUGUAAGCCUUUAUACACAGAGUUAUUUGUCCUAUUGCAGUUUAUGUAGUAUUUACAGUCUGGAUGUGUCUAAUCUCUGAUUUUAUUGAUAUGAACAUGUUUCUCUAAAGGUGUCAGACACUAAAACAUCAAACAGAAAGUUUAAAUGAACUUAGCAUUAAUAUAGUCAAUUUAACUUUUAAGCUUCUACUUUUUGUUUACUAUCUUGUUUGUAUCUCUUAUAAAUAAAUACAGGGCAUAUUGUAUAUAUAUUUACAUAAACAAGGGUUAAAUAGUCACAUGAAUUCUAAUUUUGAUACCGAAAUCUGAAAACGAAGUGAAAUAACAGAUUAGUUAAAUGUAUUAUUGAGGUGAGCUUUGCAUUCAGUGAACUGCUGUGAUUAUUUUCAGUAUUUUCCUCUAAAGCUAAUAAAGACUGAUAAUCAGAUGGA